AUGGGGAAGGUGGCCACAAAUGUACUUGGCGUGUGUGACACGAAAGGAGAUUUCGUUUACGUACUUGCCAAUUGGGAAGGAUCAGCUGCGGACUCACGCAUCCUCCUUGAUGCCCUUUCAAGACCUAAUGGCCUGAAGGUGCCCAGGGGCUAUUACUACCUGGUUGAUGCCGGGUACCCAAAUGCGGAGGGUUUCCUGGCACCAUACAGAGGCCAACGCUAUCACUUGCAAGAAUGGUGUAGCCUUGAAAAUGCACCUUCAACGUCGAAAGAGGUCUUCAAUAUGAAGCAUUCGUAUACUCAUAAUGUAAUUGAAAGAGCAUUCGGUGUCUUGAAGGGUCAAUGGACGAUACUGCAGGGAAAGUCAUACUACCUUGUAGAAGUUCAAUGUCGCACAAUACUUGCAUGUUGUUUCCUCCACAACCUUAUCAAUAGGAAGAUGACAAACUUUGAUAUAGAAGACAACAUAGAUGAGGUUGAUUCCACCCACGCGACUACUGUCGUCGAUGACAUACAUUACAUAGAGACGUCGAAUGAGUGGAGUCAAUGGAGGGACGACCUUGCAGAAGAAAUGUUUACUGAUUAG